AUGCCAGAUCUCUCAAUUCUCGCCACUCCUGCGCCUUAUCAUAUCCUCACAUAUGGCACGCUCAUGGGCUCAACCUUCUUCCAAUCCUUCGUAAAUGGCAUAAUAGCCUACCAAGCCCUCCCAAAACCCAUGUUCUCCCAGCUACAACAAAAGAUAUUCCCAGUCUACUUUACGAUGCAAACAGCGCUGCCUGCCGUACUAGCCCUCACCUACCCAGGUUCUCUAGGGGGCUCCUCUAGCAUCUCAGGCGUGCUGGAGAAAUCGAAUAAAUGGGGUGUGUUAGUGCCUUUGGCGACGAUGUUCGUGACUGGGUUGGCGAAUGUGGCAUACAUUGGCCCGGAGACUACGAGGAUUAUGAGGGAGAGGAAGGUUCAGGAAACUCGCGAUGGGAAGAAAUAUUACGAUCCAGCGCCUCAUUCCAAGGAGAUGCAGAACCUGAACAUAAGAUUUGGAAGAAUACACGGAUUUUCGGCCAUGACCAAUUUGGGAGGAUUUAUUGCCAUGGUGUUAUAUGGUGUUACGCUUGCGUCGAGAAUUCAGUAA